ACAACAGCAACUUGAUCUUGAAGUAAGAGAAGAAGAUGGCGGAAGAAUGUUUGAAAGAUAGGCGUGUUUAAAGCAACAAUACACGGAAAAAUAUGUCGUUAAACUAUCGGCAGUGAUGACUGAGAAGCUUCUUAAGACCUUCGAGGUCCUCAGAGGCCACUAUAAUCAAGUGUAUGCUGUCAGUCAGCUGGCUGGUGGGUCGUCUGACAGCAGUCCUUCAGCCCAAAGGCAAAAAGAUUUCCUUUUGUCUUCAAAAGAUAGAAUAAAUCUAUGUACAACCAUUGCAGAUUUUUUACCCUUCCAGUCAAUCAGGGACUCACAGGCUUUUCCAAGCCUGCUAUCAGCAUCCAUAGAAUUACUUUUUCAAGCAUGCGAUGACCAAGAUGCGGAUGUUAGACUUAUGGGUGGAGAGGCCCUCAAUAAAAUAAUUAAGGCAUUUUUGGAGUCAAAUAUUGGUAGAAUCCAAGUUGAGUUUUACAAAGAGAUAAAGAAGAAUGGUAGUGCAAAGUCUCUUAGAGCGGCAAUGCAAAGGUUUGCAGAAACAUGCCACACAAUUAGGCCUCAAAAAUGCAGGCCAUACCUUGCAAAUCUCCUUCCUUGUAUUGUCAAAAUUGCCAAACGUGAAGAGGACCAAGUGCAGGAGACUCUUGGUAUUCUUAUGUCAAAGAUGUGCCCUGUGCUCGGAAAGUUCAUGAGAGAAGUUGAUAUUAAGAUUCUAUUGAAAUCAUUCAUUCCCAACCUAAAGUCGGAAUCUGCCAUGAAGCGAAGGACAUCUUCGUCUGCUCUGAACUGCAUUUGCCUGAAUUCCAGAAAUCCCAAUCGUUUUUAUGCCUGGCUUUUGAAUGUCCUUCUAGGCAUGGUUGUUCCAUUAACUGAGAAUUUGCCACCAGCAACCCUGCUUGGGGUGUUGCUAUCUUUUAGACAGAUAAUUCCAAACGUUGGAGGUGAAGACAGCAGUCUGGACACCAUGAAAGGGAGCUUUGGUGUGAAGACCCCUUACUCGGAGGAUAAAGAGCCUGUCUCAGAUAUCGUCGAUGAGGCCAAAUUGCUUAAGGUGUAUGAAGUAACGAUGUUCUGUACUAAACAUUCGGAUCACAAUGUCGUGAAUGCGGCAUUGGAGUGCCUGAAUCAAAUCCUUCAAACAAGGCCACACUGCCUAAUGGCAGUUCUUCUGUCUCCAAGGGGUAUCUCUCCCACCGUAACAAAUGCAAGCGCAACAAUCUCAGGUACCCUUGGAAGUGAGAUGCAUCUUGAUUUGCUUGGAAGCGAGGCUAAUGAUUCUGGACUGGAAGAGGAAUCGCAGAGCGGUGACGGUAGAAUCCAGGAUCAACUCAGCGAUUUGUCGAUCGAGAGUAACACUCGCUCUAAAGAUUCGGCCGUUGGUGAUUUAAAUGAAAUAUCGGGGGCCAUAGAACAAUGUGCUGAGAUGUCUAGCGUCAGCGAUAACGAUAGUGUCAGUGAAGUGGUGGAGGAUGAAGAACUAGAAGAAGACGGCCUGACAUUGCCGAGUAGUUAUACGGAUGGAGGGUACGUCAACAUCGAUGAGAAGGAUGUCACUAAUGCAAGAAGGCUGACUAGUAACAGUUCCGUUAGCGACAUACCUGAAAACGAAAAUGAGGAAGUAGACUUAGAAGAAAUGGAACGAUUAAUGUCAAUUACAAGUUAUGAUGCCAAACAAGCUGUCGAGAAAUAUUUUAACAUCGAUGCCAUUGCCUGUUUGGGCGUACCUUUGCUUCACUGCGUGCGAUUGAUGUGUUCGUUCCUUUUGACUGGAACUGUAGGUAAACUGGUUUCUGAUUCGAGGGCACGUGUUAGUGUCAAAUCACUUGCGUUGCAUUGUCUGAGCCACGCACUAGCAAUGUACCCAGAAUCACUCCUUGCAAGAGUGCUGCCUGACGAUGCGGAAGAGAAGGCUAGCAACGACGACGCUGAAUCUGAAGAUGGCAGUGGCCAGUGUGUUAGAGACUGCUUCUUGUUCGCUGAUCACCCUGAUCAGCAGAUCAGAGGAAUGAUUGCAAACGUCCUUGGGUUGUAUAUUAAAGCUGCUUUAUGCCAGUCUGGUGGAACAUAUGAUGAUUGGGCAGACACAAAUGCUAAGAAGUACUCAACAGAUCCACUGCCAAUUGAUAUUGUUGUUGACAUAUUGAAAAAGAUUUUGGAUGACGAGUCUUCAAUUUCACUCAAGAUGACUUGCUCCUCUGUGAAGGAAUUUAUAAAUCAGUUGUUUGAAAGUGAUUAUCAUCAUUUUGCAUACGAAAUUAUGCUGAAAAUAUUGACAUUGAAAGACAACUCUUAUUGGCUAUUGAAAGUUGAAAUAUUAGAGUUGUUUGCCUUGCUUGAUUACAGACUGGUGAAUUUAGUUGAAGCAACGUAUUUACAGCAACAUGGGAUGAAUGCCUUCACAGGCUACAGAAUGUCUAAGAUGCAAACCAGAUGCAUCGAGGCAGUUUUAGGUUUCUUAGCAGACGAAGAUGCAAGAGUAAGACAGGCAGCAUCAAAAGCGAUUGUGAACAUGCUGCCAAAUUUGGAUUACAGCGAACCACUGGAAAAAGCAUCAUCUCAGCGCGUGCUGAAGUUUAAAGAUGUUAGUGGAAAAGUAAACUGCAAAAUGGCAACUACAGAAGUCAUUCCGUUUUUUCGCCAAUACAAAAAAUUGUUUGAUGCAAAUCUUGCAUUCAUUGUCAGAGAGCUGAUCAAAACACUUAACUCUUCAACUACAAAGUUCCUAACACAUGGAUGCUGCCAGGCAAUGGCGCUGCUUGCUGAAACCUACCCAGUCUCACUGACACCGUUGGCAUGGGAGCUUUACCCACAAUGCAAAGUAUCCAUACAAAAUGUGCCAAAAGAACGAAGCUUCCGUCCUAUUGGACCAUCAAGAAAGCUUGUUUUUGAUGACGAGAUGUCUUCAUAUUCCGGUCCUUUGAAUGUUGCUUUAUCGCUUCUCACCUCAUCUUGGAUCACUCUGGACUUGCAAGCGCACCAGGAGCUUCUGAAGCUAGCCGUCAAUGUGCUUUGCGGAAGUUCGGCUGCAUUUCUCCGCCAGAUUGCUCAGGAACGGAAAGAGUCUGGAAUCAACGAAGACGACGAAACGUUUGGAUCGAUAAAGGAUGAAAGAUGGCCUAUAUUCAAGGACACGACAUUGAAUUCAAUUGCUUCGAAACUAUUCCAGCAUACAGUAAGAUUGCUGUGUGUUUGCAUGCAUGUUAUCGAGCAAAGCAACCCUGCUGCCUCUUCAUCCAAGAUUCAAAUUGCCUUUACUGGAAAAGAUAAAGAAAGAUCAUUAUCAACUGCUACAGGGUCUCCUUCGCAGAGCCCCAUGGCCGCAGGUAGCGCCAGCCCACAACCUCCCUCGGGAACACCUAUUAAUACAUCUCCCCGCAAGUUCCUUCUAAACAAAAACCUACACAGGCGUGCUGUGUCUGAUCAAAGUGCGGUAGCCAGCGCAGAAAAAUCAGCACAGAGGAAAAACUCUGACGGAACGACACCCCAGGGUGGAUCAGAUUCGAAACAGGAAGCUGGGUCGUCAACAUCGGACAAAUCAGAAAAACUUGGACAUUUUCAUACCAUUCCACACAUGAUGAAACUUUAUGAGACAGCAAAAGGCGCUUUCAAAACUUACCAGGUCACUUCCGUGUCAAAGAAAGGAGAAAAAUUUGGUGCCUUUCUACGUGGAGUGCUUGAGGCCUUUAGCAUGCAGCUAGAGCUGGCAUCUUUCAGUGAAGUUGGUAGUACUGCAGAAGAAUUUCUUGAGUACUUGAUGUCUUGUGUGAAAAUUGAUGCCGAAAGAACAUUUUUGGCUGUACAACAGCUUUUGAAGAGUCUGUUUGGAACAAACGUCGCUUGCCAGCCGGAAAUGUACCACUUACCAUACAGCACGAAGCACCUCGUAGAAACCCGUGGUGAUCCUACGUUUUCGCUUGAUGCAAGCUCUGAACCAAUCAAAGAAGAGAAGCCUCCUUGUGAAUCUCCACAUUUGUAUGAUUCAGUCAUCAAAGAGCCAUGUGAAGCAUUUACUGAAUCUUUGCACACUAGCAAGUUUCCUGAGCAGGGCUCUCCGGAUAUUGUUAAAAAAGCAAGGUCGUCAACUUUGAGCUUCUUCAAAAAAUUCAAGAAAAUAGCUGCCCCACAAAAGCCAGUUUCAAAGUUGAGCAAAGAAAAGCUGUCAUCAAUUCAAGCCUACAUCCGACUGUUCGAGCCAUUGGUAAUACAUGCACUGAAAACAUACACAAUGACGAGCAACUUAGAUGUCCAGGCCCAAGUCAUCCAUCUUCUUGACCAGCUCAUCCGCUUGAGGGUGAACUAUUCAUUGCUGGAUGCAGACCAGAUUUUCAUUGCGUUCGUCUUGAAGCAAUUCGAGUUUGUUGAAGCCGGGCAGAUUGGGAAUCCAACAAUGGUCAUUCCAGAAAUGUUCCAGUUUUUGGUUCUUCUUUCGUACGAGUGUUUCCAGCCAAAAUACAGCCAAGCAAAACCAAUAAUCGUUAUGCCACAGAUCAUUCAACUGUGCGAUGGGAUUAUGGCCUGCGGACAGCCUGCGACUACGCAUGCGAUUCCCGCAUUAAAGCCAGUUGUACACGACUUAUUCAUUUCAAAAAACCAAACAAGAGCUGACGGUCGCAAAGAAUUGGACACCCAAAGAGAGGUUGCAUUCUCAAUGUUGCUUCGUUUGACACAAUACCCACAGGUACUUGAGCUGCUGACUGUGAUCCUGGAGGGUUCAAAGGAUGAUGACGAAAAAUGGAAGCGGUUUUCACGACAAAUAGUUGACGUCGUUUUUCCACAGCUAUCAACGUUAGAGAUAAAUCUGACAAAUGAAGCUCAUAUCGACGUCUUGAGCCAUCUUUUCGACUCGCUCGCACACAUAGCACUUCGCCCAGCUGACGUCAUACUCAAAGCGUUGUUCGCGCCAAUUCGCAUAACAUCACUUGGUCAAUCGGUGAGAUGGCUUUCUAUGCUGCUGAGUCUUGGCAGAGUUCUGAUCACCCAGAACAACGAGGAGAUAAUGCUUACAAGGCUGUCACAGAUUGGUAUUACAAAGCAGGACCCGUUUGGUUUGAUUUCAACAAUAGAAGAUGCUGCGGAGGCACAUCACGGCACCAUUGACAACGAGUCAGCUGAUUUCUAUGCCAAGUUUUUUCUGCAUGCUAUAAACGUUGCAGUCAACGAGGUGGCGCGGUAUUGUUACUCCACCGUAUGUGAUCAAUCUUGCUUGGUCACCUUAAAGAAGUUGACACAAAAGUUGCUUAUAAUGUUUGCAACAAUGCUAAGCUCCGAAAGAUUCAAAGAUAUUGCACUAGCCGCGUCUGGUCAAGUUCAAUCGGGGAAUGUGGCAGCAAAUCAGGACCCGCAGUACAAUGGCAUUUUAGAUACUUCACAGUCGCUUAUUUCACUUAAACAGAACUGUCCAACAUUGAUCUUGCAUUGGUGUCAUAUACUUCAGCUACUAGGGUAUGAAAAUAAACAAUUCUGGGAACGUCUGUUUUGCUCAAAACUUGGGCAAAAAGCAGAGAAAUGGAACUGGACAUCUGGUGUCACUCAACAUGGAGCAGUUCUUAUCUACUGUAACAUUUUGGUAGAGGUCUAUCAGAGACAGACAGAGAAAGAUCUCAAGCCUUUGCAGUCUUUGCUGGAAACAAAUCUUGAUGACAUCAUAAUUUUAUCUAAUGAGACACCAACGCAAAAUCUUUUAAGGGAAAUUUAUGGAGAUUCGUCUUUAAGUGGUUUGUUUCUGCAAAGUGUUAUCAAUUUCGUCAAAGAGCCUUCAAGCAGCAAGUACCUCGAAAAGAAGUCUCUAACAGAGUUGAUGGGAAAUGUCCAUAUGAGUCAGUCAAACAGGCUUCUCCAAUUCAUGUUGUCGAAACUGCCAUCGAUUCGUUCUUACGGCAUCGCCCGCUAUGCCGAAACAGUCACAUGCAAAAGGCUGGAGUAUUUGCAGACACUUCCUGCAAACGAAAUAUUGAAGCAGAUGCCAGAUGGAGACCUUCAGAAUUUCAUAAGUGACGAAGGAAACAAGAAAAGGUUUCCACGACUGGUGAUGCUUAUAAACAAAUCUCUCAGCAAAGGCUCUGCCGAUGAAGUUGAAGCGAGACUAAGAAAACUUUCACACCCGCUGGAUAUUUCGAGUGUUCAACUUGAAGGAUACACAGCAUCAAAGGAGUGGUUCGUUGCUUUCGUGAAGAAAACUUGCUUCCAGUCACAUGAGCUCAGUCCCGAAGAUAUGGGUUGCGCAGCGGCUCUUCUUGCAUCACUAGAUAUUGACAACCUGUCCUCGAUCCUCUCAGAGCUGGACCUGAACAUGGAGAUUUUCCAUCUUUGUCUUACUAUGGUGAUUAAGGCGUCUCUGGAUAAAAAGAGCACCUACCUAGAGGAACUUACACAGUCGAUGGAAGUUUCUAGCAGUCCUGAAGUUCAAAGCAGUCAAAAAUUGCUAAGUGCCUGCAAAACGUAUUUACUCGCAGAAGUAACAAAAGUUGUAAAGGAAUGCGUUAAGCAGAAGGAGAUUAACAGAGUCAGUUUUAUUGAAGAUCAUGUCAAAGAUUCACCUUUGGAUACCAUGGCUGAAGCGCAAUCUAAUCUGGGCGCUCAGAAAUUCAUCGUGAUAGCAGCAAAUGCAAUCGAAAAGUUUUCUGGUGACAAAACUUGGUUGAAGAAUUUGAUAGUAAUCUGUAAAUGCGUGAGAGAAUUUCUUGCUCCGUCGUGCUACUGGAAUAAACAUUGGAUAUUGAACAGGGAGGACCUUGUCUCGUUGUUUGAAUUUGCAUUUGUAGCCUUAAGGGUAUGUGCAGUUUUGUCGAGUAGAAAAAACGUCUUGAUCUUCUCAGACCUGGUUGCCUGUUUAGAGUGUUUAGCCACGGUCCUUCAUAGUAGAGAAUUUAGAGGCCUUGUGAAGCAGGAAGUGUUUGCUCAGUUACUGGCCAAUGGAAUCAGCGAUGUAUACUGCAUUGUUUGUGCCGUUACCCUAAAUCCUGGUGAGACUCUGGCUCUUGAUGUAAGCUCAUGCCAAGGCCAGACACCCUUUGCUGAAGAGGCAAAUGUUUACACCAAGUCUUGCCACCGUGUAUCCGAACUGGUACAUACUCUGCGAACUUACUUCAGUCUUAAGUCAUUGAAGACAUCUUCGUUGCCAUUUGCUGUUGUGAAUUCAUUGAGACAAGUCAUAAUUGGUGUGGCAAGAAUACCUUUAGUAAACAGCUUCGUCCGAGUCCCUCCCGUGGUGUGGAAGUUUGGUUGGCAACCGGUUUUAGAAGGAAACUUUAAAACAGAGCUCCCUCCUCUUCCAGUUGAAAUAUUAAAAGAGAAAGAUGUCCUAAAAGAGUUUAUUUUUCGAGCUAAUGCUAUUGGAUGGACAUCCCGUGCACAGUUUGAAGAAACAUGGGCGGCGCUACUUGGCGUUUUGAGUUCGCCACCGAUGACAGAAGAUGCAUCUGUCGAGGACGAUAUCGAGGCAACACAAGCAAGCUGUCUAGCUGUUCACUGUAUUACGUCAUUAGUGCUGGAUACAACACUGGCUCCAGUCCCAGGGAACCCUGGAGUUAGCAGAUAUUCAGUCAUACCCCGUCAAAAAGAAUAUCCCUUCCUUGGUAGCAGGGCUGGAAAACGGCUUGCUCUUAUUCGAAAAGCCAUUGAAACUGAAUACAAGAAAGAGAUUCAUCUGAUGACGAAUCAGCCCCCAUUUUCAGCUUCUCAGUUCCUAUACCCAGCAGUUCCAUCGCUUAUUUUUGAAAAGCAAAGAAAGCAAGUUUUGCAGAGAGGUUGCUUCAUGGAAGAAAAGCUUUAUAGCUCGAACCUCGAAAAUGGCCAGUCUUUAUCCGAGUAUACAUUAGGCCAGAUCUCAGCAAGUGCUAUAAGAACAAGGCUGGUUUCAUCGGACGUCCAAGAGGAUUCAGACAGUGAUGAUUCAGAAGCCUUGAUAAUUCAAAUUAAUGAAGAAGACCCGAGAAAACGGUUCCAAGAAUUGGACAUUCGAUCUUGUCUGCAAUUUUUACUGGAACUGUUUGAGCAGUGGCUCUCUCCAUUUGUUGUCCCAAAGACACCGCUCAUGCUGAAAACCGAAGCUGUAAAAUCGUUAUGUUUGUUAUCGGAUCUGCUUCUUGAGAUGAGUCAUUUUGAGUGGAUCCUUGGCGUUCUUUUGGAAUUCUACCAGAACAACCCAUCGGAGGACGAUAUAACUUCUGAAUACAUUGUGCCAACAGUUUGCAAGGCCCUUGCUGUUCUUCGUGUGGAAGGGUCGAUAGCAGAAAGAAUAUGUCGCAUAAUUGAGACUUCACUUAAAAGCCCCCAUGUGCCUUUGCAGAUCUCAGCAUUGGAAGGUGGUUUAUAUCUUCUCGAAUCGCACGUGCCAUCUACAAAUAUGACAUUGGUUCCUGUUCUGACUGAUUACUUGACAAGACACAUAGCUUAUCCAAUAGAUCCAAUUCAAGUUGUUAGUCGGCGAUUCGCUGGAUUUGUUUGGAGUACAGCGUUUUAUAUAAUGGAAACAUGUUCCACUGAGGUUCAAGACAUCACAUUCGUUUCAAUAGUUAUCGAGACUUGCAUUGCGUUACUGUCAUCAAGUGAUGCCCAGAUUCCGGCUGCCAUAGCUCGUCUCUUGUUUAGAGGUCUCGAGAGAUUGGUUGUAUCUUUUGCAAUUGGGAGAAACUCUUGCGAUCGUUUAGCGAAAGUUGCACAGAAUAGUCUGCAAACUGACAAUCCGGAUCGAAUGAUUGCCGCCCUUGGCCUGCUCUGUACAUGUAUGUACACAGGGAAAGAAGGCCAGCAAAAUGCUGCGCAGCCUGAUCAAGAUGGCCAACAGUUUGCUCCGAUCGCUGAUUCUCAGUUGCUGAUGAUGGAAAGACUUGGAGUUCUUUUUACAAGGAUGAGAAAAGGAACAGCAUCCGAGGCUGCUCUGAUCGCGAAAAUCCUUCCCAGCAUGCUCUUGGAUUUCCUUCCCGUUCAGGAGGUCAUGAACAGAAUAUUUAGCGAGUUUCUGUCGAGCCAGCAGCCGCAUCCUGAACUCAUUGCCAAAGUUGCAUUCGAGGUUUUUGAUGAGCUUCACGGCAAAGGCCAACAAGAAGCUGUUAGAAGCUGGAUCAUUCUUUCCCUAGGAAGUUUUGUACAAAGAACACCGCUGGCCAUGGCAAUCUGGAGUCUCAAUUGCUUCUUGAUAAGUGGCACUAUAAAUCCAUGGCUGCAGUCCUUAUUUCCAUAUAUUUUAAGCAGAAAGGGAAAACUUGGCAAACAAGAUCAAAAGAUUUUCUGCAUGUUGGCUCUGGAUUUCUAUCAAAACCAGAUUAUGGAACCUGACGAAAAAAGAAUGUUUUUAAGCACUUUCCAAAGAAAAUCAACGGAAGUUGCUGCUUAUCAGGAACUGGUGGAGUGCUGCCUUCGAGUUGAUGCAGACAAGUCAGGCGAAAGCUUGUAAUUGAGACAAUAUUCAGUUAUGGCGAGCUAGAGAAGCCUUUUAAUAUAGUUCCUGGGCAGAGGCCUGAUGACACAGUUAUCUUCAGGAACAAGUAUGCUGCUUCACAGUUCAUCCUCUAUCACUGGCAACGAAAGAAACUGAUGCUUUAAAUUCAUUUUCCAUAUUCUACGAUCCUAAACACAGCUGUGGAGAGAAACACAGCAAGUAGCAGGCAUAAAUUGUCCCACACAUACCCCUGAUUCAAAGUUUGUGUGCUUCCUCCCCUCCCCAAUUCAAAGUUUGAGUUAAAGAAAAUGAUAUAUAUGUCAAUAUUGAAAAAAGGAGGGUGGGGCGCUCAUCUCAUACCGUCGUCCGUACGCCUAGUAAAAAAGUUUAUUCUCUUGAUAACGAGUACAUGCUCCAAACGUGGUGUUUUUAACGGCCUAUUUCAUUUUGUUACUUAAUUUAUUCGCUCAUUAUAUUGGACAACAACCCAAUCACACGCCAACCCGAGUUUCUCAUAAUCGUGUUAGACGCCGCCUUUGAUCAGACGAGGAUUAAAGAGGUAAAUUUGGAGAUAAGUUAUUGUGGGUCUGAGAUCUUUUGCUUCCAGCAACAUAUUUUUAUGGGCUUUUUAUGAUCCAUGUCUGUUGUUGCUAACGAUCGUAGAAGAAGAAUGUGGAAGAGCUAGUACCUGAUAAUAAACAUGUGUUAUCCAGCCUCAACUGGAUGCUGACAUUGUGGCCUACAGUCUUUGUUAUAAAUGAUAAUAAAAUGUAGAGUUUAAUACUGUACAUGAUGAUAUUUGUUGAUUGAAUUUAUUAAAGCCAAUUUUAAAUGCUUCAAGGCUCAGUGUCAUCUUGCUGCCCAAAAAUAACAAAACACUUAAAUUUAAACCGGAUGUAUAAAAUUAUAUUCUUGUGAAAAUUAUUACGUUUUUCUAGCAUUAUUUGAGUUUAAGCAGCACUAUUUCGAGCCAGCAAGCUAAUUUUGCUUUGAAAAUAUAUGUAGAAAAGAUUAGUUAAUUUAUUAUUUUUCAUUACAUUGAUGUAAUUAUUUUCUUUGUAUUAAGGAAGGUGAUCUCUAUAA